UCUCUCUCACUUUCAUUCUCUCCAAACCAUGGGCAUCAGCACCGGCCAGAAGUUCAAGCUCUUCUUCAAGCUCAUUGUCACCGCUCCUGGUGCUAUCAUCAAGGGUGUUAUUUCCUCCCUCAUCAAUGCCUUCCUUGGUGCUUCUGCUCUCAAGAAGCUUAUCAUCAUCGGUGUCGUCGCCUUCCUCUACAAGACCCUCAAGUCACGCCACAAGUCGGCCUCGCUGCUUGGCAUGAACCGGUCUUCCAUGGAUGAGUCUGCUGUGGCUGCUGUGGCUUCUUCCUACGAGCAGAUGUUCGACUCGCAGGAUGCCACCUCUCGCCUCGAGUCGUACACCACCGUCGUCAACUCGUACUACGACCUCGCUACCGACUUUUACGAGUGGGGCUGGGGCCAGAGCUUCCACUUUGGCACUCGCUUUGUCGGCGAGACCCUGACGGCCUCGGUCGCCCGCCACGAGCACUACCUUUCUUCUCAUCUCGGCCUCAAGCCGGGCAUGGACGUCCUCGACGUCGGCUGCGGUGUCGGCGGUCCCAUGAUCUCCAUCGCUCGCUUCUCGGGCGCAAACCUGACUGGCCUCAACAACAACGCGUACCAGAUCUCGCGUGGCCAGAAGCUGGUUGCCGAGGCCGGCCUUGCCGGCCGCUGUGGCUUUGUCAAGGCUGACUUUAUGCACAUCCCCGUCGAGGACGCCUCCUACGACGCCGUCUACGAGAUCGAGGCCACUUGCCAUGCCCCGGACCGCGUCGCCUGCUACUCGGAGAUCAACCGCAUCCUCAAGGACGGCGGCCUGUUUGGCGGCUACGAGUGGACCAUGACUGACAAGUACGACCCGAACAACCCGGCCCACAACAAGAUCAAGCACGACAUCGCCAUCGGCAACGGCCUCCCAGACAUCAUCACCUCGGAGGACGUCCGCCAGGCCCUCAUCGACUCGGGCUACGAGAUCGUCGAGUUUGUCGACCUCGCUCCCACCACCCCGGAGAACCCCAUCCCCUGGUACUACGACAUGCAGGGCUCGUACUCGCUCUCGCGCUUCCGCCUCACAAAGGUCGGCAAGUGGUGCUCCCACGCCCUCGUCAACGUCCUCGAGACCCUCGGCCUCUCCCCCAAGGGCUCCGUCAAGACCCACGAGAUCCUCAUCCGCGCCUCCGAGGGCCUCCUCGCCGGCGGCGAGCAGGAGCUCUUCACCCCCAUGCUCUUCUUUAUUGCCCGCAAGGUCUCCGACGCCCCGGCUGCCGCGGGCACCUCGUCCUAACUAUCACCGUGCGGUCGUUCGGGCGCGUUGUCGCGCGCCUCAAAGUGAACAACACAGUACGCGAUAAAGUCCUCUCCCCAUCCCA